UGAACAUCAGUACGAGAAAUGAAAUCCGGAAGUAAAUGAAAACACGGAUUGCCGAAAUUGCUUUGCAAUUGCACAAGUGCACACAAACAUCAGUGCAAUUUCGUAUGAGAAAAUGAAACGCGGAAGUAAAUUCAUCUAGUGGACGCUGCUUAAACUAGGAAUGACUAUAAUUGCUUGCAACAACACAAGUGCGUGCGAACGUCAAUGCAAUUCCUUACGAGAAAAUGAAACGCUGAAGUCCGGAAUGCAUUGGUUUAUGUUAGGAAAUGAAACUACAGUCAACUUUUUUUUUACAUGUGGUAACCUCUCGGUAACCUGAACGACCGUUAUCAAUUUAUUUCGAUGCCUGGGUAAUGGUGUAAUUUUUUACGUGAAAUUGAUGCCAAACACGUGUAAACACAUAACCAGAAUAACUGCUAGUACUUAGCAGACGUAAAGUUACAAUGUUUAGUGAAAUGGGCCCUUCAUUAGUCUGAUAUAUCUCGGAUAUUAUCAGCCGAGCAGAUGUAUCAGACUGAGGUAUACACUGAGGUUGACUGUCCAGAGUACACGUCCAUUCGAAUACUAGACAGACAUUUGGACUAUUAUAACCACUAUGUACCGCAAGAGAUAAUGCCACAUUUUUGCUAGCCAGAGUACUCUUGACUGUAAGAGAGCUAGACAGACAUUUGGACAGUUAUUAGCCCUUACAGUCGGAGACAAAGCUAUAUAAUUUCUUUUUAACCAAACGGUAGUCAAAGAUUCCCACCGAUCAUGUGACUCUACAUAACAAUAUAGGUCAGCAAGCUUGUGAAUACCUGCGUCAGAGUUGGCCGAAGCUUAGCAGAAUGCGGGUGCUAUCUUUCUGUAGUAUUUUGCCAGAUGAAAGAUGUGUGAUGUGUUGUGGUGAUGAGUUGAGUAGACUCCAUAAACCAAACACAGGCCUCCAAAACGGUCACAAUGGUGUCUUUGACAUUUCCAAGCUAUUUCGUAGCAAGAUGGUAAAUCUGAGCAAAUGACAUCCAGCAAAACUGUUAAGUCAUAAUAUACAUGUAUCUGAGCACACAUUUGUGGUGUUUCCUUUUUAACAUUCACACUGUCCAUGAAGGGACAUUCUGUGAUCGACCAAAUGAAGACUAAAAACUUUUACAUCAUUCUGUUGUUCAUCGCAGCAACCAGUGUUUCACUGUGGCUCUUUAGCUACCCAUCGUCAAGUUUCCGUGUCAUGGUAAGCAAGACACACAAACAGAUCAACAACAUCAAGUAUCUGCCGUCGAACAUUGAAGAUGUACGGGAACUCACGGUUGAUCCACUGUACCUACAUGCUUUAGGUUUCACCAAGCAAUUGACUGAGGAAAACACUGACAGCAGUGCUAACAUGCCAGUAAUUGCUACCGCUGUGGAGCCAGGAAAAUUUGAGGAAUCAGUACACUUGAUGAGAUCUGUCCAAAAACAUCUUCCAUCCAGUCACAUGGUUAUUUUUGAUUUGGGCUUAUCAAAGAGCCAAAAGAUAAUGCUAGGAAAACAGUGCAAUAGCACAUGGCACUGCUCAGUACGAUUACUAAGGUUUGACAAGUUGCCAUCUCAUGUGCAAUACCUGGAGAGUAAAAGCUAUAGACCAAUCUGCAUUCAGAAAAUUCUCAAUGACUUUGGUGCAGUAAUCUGGACAGAUACUUCCCAAUAUUUUGCUAGUUCAGGUCUAAACCAGAGCCUCAUUGACCAGGCUAAAAAAGUGGGACUUGUUGCUUGGACCAUAGUAGACUCCACAUCAUCUCUCACUCAUCCCAAGAUGUUUCAGUAUUUUAAAACAAAACAAGAGGAGUUUUAUUUUCACAGAGCAAUUGAAGCUAGUCAUCUGAUCAUAUACAACACCAAAAGCAUCCAUGAGAAACUGAUGUUGCCGUGGGUGAAAUGUGCAUUGUUAGAAGAUUGUAUCAGUCCCACUGGGGCACAAAAUGUUGGUUGCAAUCAUUUCCGAAAACCAUUGUUUCGCUACUCGGGGUGUCAUCAUUAUGACAUGUCGGCGCUGAACAUCAUUCUGGGCAUUGUAUUUGACUUCCGAGUGGAAACGUACACCACUAAGCUUAAAGUGUUUGACACACUGAACAAGUACAAGAACAAUUCAACCACACCUGGCUUGAUGGCUGCACGGUUAGCUCACUAGCGGUUCGAUGUUCUAAAAUCAUGGAUCAAACACACCUCAAUUUUGUAGGAAUUGUUGUUUUAACAACACUAGAAAAAUGAUCCUGUCAUUGUUUUUUAACAGACGCUCAAAAUCCAGAUGUUUUAUUACUAUAUGUAGUAAUUUUCUUAUCCUGUUAUGUGUUAAGCGUAGCUUAAGCACACUCAGUUUAAUCUGAUGAUCUGUUAUGGGGCUGUUAACAAUCAUGAGCAUUUUCAUAAAAGUACAAACUGUAAGCUGGUUUUAGUGAGGCAUUAAUGCCAGUGUAUGCCUUUGAAUGGAAUAAAAAAAGAUCCCUUGCAAAAUCAAUACUGUUGGGGAGAGGGAUAAUGAAAAGUAGUACUCUUCAUACACUUGUAAAAAUGAUGACAUUUGUAAAUGGCCCCUUAGUAAUAAUGCUUAGUCUUUUUAUAGAGCCGGCUCCGCAGGGCCUGUAACACAAAUAACAGCAGACCUCCUUCCCAGGAUAUAUAUUUUGCAACCUCCUCGGGGACAGGAAAAAUUACCUGGGGAAAAUAAAUGUACACAUCACUGCGGGGCCUGUAGUAUGUGCUACUAGGAUAAACUGGUUUGUCUUUUUGUCUUAGUUUGUUAGGAGCCACAAAAACAUGUAAACUAGAGUACCUUGAUUAAUUAAGUACGAAUCAUGCAGUGGUUUGUCCAGGACAAACACUAACAAAACUUUGAUUUGUACUAUUGCCUUCUGGGUCAUUCCAUUUCACAUCAGCAAAUGCCCCACACACUUUGAUUUCAGACUUGCUUCAAAUUUGUACCAAAUAUUCCCCAAUUAUCUACACGAUUAAAUCUGAAAUAUGGGCCCUGUAUUCCAAGUAGUUAAUGAGAAAAUUAUGCAUAAUUUCCCAAGAAGGACUUCUAUAUGGAUAAUGGAAUUUGGUACACAUAAUAAACUACAUACCAUAAAUUGAGACCAUUUUCAGGAUUUUUAAAGAAUACCUACAGUACGGGUUUUUUCCCAUUGAAAUUGGCACCAAAACUACUUUUUUCCCCCUGAUUUCAAAAGGAUGUUCCAUAAUUAAUCAUCAUAUAGGUGUAAUAUUUAAGAUUUAUAUAGCAACUAGGGUGGACUUGACCGGGAAAAAAAGUUUAAUGUGUGUAUGGUAAUGAAUGUAAAACCGUGUUUUAAUAUCUCGAAAAUGGCGACUUGUAAAAUAAAAUGGCAUUUUAAAAUCAUCUUCGUGCUCAUAGAAAAUUUCACGUCUGUGUACAUUAUUUCCUCAUUUAAUGGGACUUCAAAUAUAGCAUAAAAAUGAUAAUGGCCAUUUUCGAUCUCAAUUUAACGCAUACCACGGUUAGCAAAACAACCUUUUCUUAAAAACUACUUGGAAUAUAGAGCCCAAAUUUCUAAUUUAUUCCUAUGGAUGACCGAGAAUUAUUUUAUAUAAAUUUCAAGUGUGGACAACCUUAAGAAGUGGUUCAUUUGAGAUUGAUUGACUCCUCUAUCUCAUUACAUUUAUUGAAUGUUUGGCACAACAUGUCACUGCAAACACUCAUCCUUCUAAACAUGCCUUUGAUGUUUAUACGUGAAAUUGUGUCUACUGUUAGCAUAUUUUCAUUUCAAAACAAUGCACAGAAAUUCUGUUGCAGGUAAUUUUGUGUAAUGACAUUGGAAAAAUAGAUUUUCUAAUACUGGGCAUCUAGAAUUUUUAUAAAAUCCACUAGCCAUGGGAUCAGUAAUUUUAAAAAUUUACUAGCCAUGAUUAAAAAAUUCACUAGCCCUACUUUACUUUUAAGUUAAUACAAUUUUACUAAAUAAUAGUAAUAAUCAGAUUAACAUGGUGUAGAGUGACAAAAUCGACUUAACUGCAACAUUUGACUUUGUUUUCACUAGCCGUCGGGCAUGACAAUAGUAGUUAUUUACUAGCCCAACAUUGAAUAUAACAGCCAUGGGAGUGGGGCUACCAUAAUCUAGAAGCCCUGCGGAGACUAAUAAUUUACCAGAACAGAAGAUAUGCUUAUUGUAAAUUUGUGUUUCCAAAUAAGGUACACUUGCUUAAAUUUGUAUUUUAUGUAUUUUACAGAUAAAUGUUAUAAUUCAGUGCAUAUGUUUAAAUUAAAAUGUUGGUGUUUUGGUAUCUAAUCUUAUUGUUUGUAUUGGUUAAAAACAGUUUGAUACGAAAUGCUUUGUAAGAAUAACAUCAGGUUUUCUUACCACAUGUAACAAAGACAUGCUGGACUGAAGGCAUUCACAGUACAUGUAAAUAUAAAAUUCAAUAAAUUUACAAUCUGUAUUAUUGUUCAGCUUAGAAAAGUAACCAGGGUUAUUAAAUUCAACCUGUGAUCUCUUAUUUUACAUAACCAGCACCUUGGAAGAUAAAUGAUUAGUCUAUAAUACAACACAUGAUCACUCUUUAAAUUUAAUUUCUGCUGUAAAAAUGUGAAACUUUUAACUAUUGUUCCAAUUGGAAGGAAUAAUUGUAAAGCGAUGGUGAGUAUGUUGUGUAAUGUGAUUGGUUAAUUACAUGGUUUAGCAGGCAUAAAGGAGACAGAAACACCUGCAAAUCUAGAGGUGUCAUUAGAAAGUGGGACAGGCCAAGUUAACUGUUCACAGGUCUAUGGUUAGAUUUUAGCCAAAUCUUUAUUUAUAAAAUACCAGGUAUUCAGUUGAUAAUAACUACGGUACAUGUAGUUUUGUGGGAAAACACUACAAUUUACAAUGGACAUAACCAUAUGGAAUUAUUAGAUUUGUGGGUUAUUGUCUGUUUGAUGGCCGGAAUUAUGUCAUGUUUUACCAAAAGCUAAUGCUAAUGCCUUCAGUCAGAAAUGAUAUUUGUAGGCAUCAAAUAGGGAAUAACAUUAAAUUUUGCAAAUCUAAAAACGUAUAUAGUUAUCUCCUAAAUGUAGUUUUUAUGGCGUAUGAUUUAUUAAGCUAUUUAAAAAAGGUUUAUCGAGAUCACUACAUGAAUAGUGGAUUUGUCAAAAGUUACAAAUAUCAUGUUUAGCUUGUAAUAUGCACUAGUUGACAUUUUUUUGUUGUCCAAGAGAGGUGCAUGUGUUGUGUGUAUGCACACAUACGUAUUUGUACAUGUAUAACCUGAUAAUUUAAAAAAUCGUAAAACCAUUGUAGGCCAUGACGUUACUACAAUGAUUUUAAGAUAUGGUAGCUCAGCAUUUUAUUUACAAGGUAAGCAUGCCCAUCUGUUGUAACUACCUAUAGUACUAGAAUAAACCCAAGUUGUAUCUUUUCAUUUUGAAGUAUGUUAAAUUUGAGCUGUACAAUCUUUUUGAAAUAAAUUAACUUCAUGUACAGAUAAGUAUUAA